AUGGAGGCUCCGGGCGGCCCGAGGAGCACCGUCCUGCUGCUGGUCACGCUGCUCUGCUCGCCCGCUCCGGGAUACGCCGAGACUGUGUGUCUCUGCAGUGGCAAGUCUCUGUGUCACUGUGACGGGGUCAAAGGUCAAAAGGGUGAAGCUGGAUAUCUUGGAUAUGACGGACUUCCGGGCGGGAUUGGUUAUCCUGGAAACGAGGGCCACCAGGGCUCACUGGGAGAAAAGGGUAAUGAGGGACCAGCGGGAGGUUCAGGACUGAAAGGCUCUCGGGGUCUUCCAGGAAAACCAGGUUUCCCAGGACCUCCAGGGCUGCCGGGACUCCCCGGACAUGAAGGAUCCAUCGGUCGACCAGGAUUCCCAGGAUGCAAUGGGACAAAGGGGGAUGUUGGUUACCCAGGGUACCCUGGGGAUCCAGGACCUGCCGGCUACCAAGGUCAACCCGGACUACCAGGUACAAAGGGACACUCGUACGUCUUUCCCGCCACACAGGACAUUAAAGGAGCAACAGGACCACGUGGACAAGAUGGUGAAAAUGGCCGGACUGGAGAUCCAGGUGAUCCAGGCCUGCCAGGUCCACUGGGACCCGAAGGACUUCCUGGAAACCCAGGGUUGCCAGGGCUAUCAGGAGAAAAGGGUCAGGAGGGUCCCAGUCCAGUGAUACCAGGUCCCCGCGGAAAGAAGGGUGAUCGCGGUCCGCCAGGGAUCGCUGGACAGAAAGGAAUUAAACUCUACGCUGAAGGACCCAAAGAACUGAAGGGGGAACCAGGUGAAGUUGGAAUAAAAGGUUGUAAAGGACUUCCUGGGUUCCCGGGCAAACUGGGAGAUAAAGGAGACAAGGGCGAGCUAGGUGACCCUGGAUCACCAGGUAAACCGGGGAAGGAUGGAGUCCCUGGAGAGCUCGGAGAACCGGGAUACCCUGGGCGUCGUGGGUACCUCGGCCCUCCAGGUAUCGAUGGAGCCACGGGAGAAAAAGGUGAUCGUGGUUCUCCAGGUCCUCAAGGAGAGAUUGACUGGAAACAAAUAUUUCUGAAGGGCCAGCUUGGUAUCCCCGGGCCCAGUGGCCCCAAAGGAGUCCAAGGAGAACAAGGACUCAUUGGUUUUCCUGGACUGCAGGGCGAGUCAGGUGUGGCUGUCACUGGUCCACCUGGUCCCCAGGGGCCACCUGGCUCAACUGGACCCAAAGGAGAGCCAGGAGAGCCUGGGCCCAUUAUUGUUGGGCCCCCCGGACAGCCUGGAGUCCCAGGAAGUCGCGGAGCUGAAGGAGAUCCAGGAGAACCAGGAAUACCAGAGUUCCUGCCGGGAGGUGCUGGUCCUCCAGGAGCUAAAGGUCUAAAAGGCACAGCAGGAUUACCUGGAAUCAGAGGGGAGGAAGGACAAACGGGUGAAAAGGGGGACCUGUGCAGGGCCUGUCAACUUAUUGUUGGACCCCCGGGACCUGCAGGUAAACCAGGAGAGCCAGGUGAAGCCGGGACGACAGGACCAGCUGGUUUUCCAGGACCAAAAGGUCAACUAGGGGUCAAAGGUAUUCCAGGACCAACUGGUCAACAGGGCACCUUUGGUAUCCCCGGCCUCCCAGGGCCACCAGGACCCGUUGGUGACCCUGGGAUCAUGCAGAGGGUUGGGCAGAAGGGUGAGGAAGGGGAUCUGGGAGAAGCAGGACCACCAGGUUUCCCUGGGAGAGACGGAUCUCGAGGAUUUCCAGGAACAAAAGGUGUUCGGGGACAGAAAGGAAACCCUGGGCCUCUGGGGCCAAAAGGUGAGAGGGGCCCACUUGGGGAGACUGGUACGAUAGGACUACCAGGACAAAUGGGACCUCCAGGACCACCUGGAAUUGGGGAUUCAGGACUUCCAGGAGAUAAAGGCAAUGUAGGAGUCCUGGGACAGCGAGGAGCUCCUGGAAAACCAGGUGAAAAAGGUGCUCUAGGCGAAACCAAAACCUCUCCAGGAGAUCCAGGACAGAAAGGAGAGAAAGGUUUACUUGGAAAUCCGGGACCUGAAGGUGUGACAGGACAGCCAGGUGCUCCAGGUUCUGUUGGUCCAAGGGGAGAAGGAGGAAAUGAAGGAUUUUCAGUUCAGGGGCCUCCAGGGUUCCCAGGGGUCAAAGGACUCAAGGGUGUUCCAGGAGCUCCAGGUUUACCAAGUUUUGGUAUCAAGGGACGGGCGGGGCCUUCAGGCCCCCCAGGGAUGCCGGGCCCCAAGGGGGACAGUGGUAUCGGUUUUCCAGGUCAGCAGGGUCAGUCAGGGCCCCAGGGAGAAGAUGGAUCUGUGGGGCCCCAAGGAAACCCUGGAUCCCAGGGACCAGAAGGCGCUCCAGGACCUCCAGGACAAGAUGGACCUCCAGGACAAAAAGGUCGUAGUGGAUUGGAUGGCCUACCUGGUCCAGUUGGUGCUGUUGGACUGUGUUUACCUGGAGCUCCUGGACCUGAAGGAGAGCAGGGACAGAUUGGUGUCAUCGGAUUCACAGGAACCCGGGGCCCAAAAGGUAUAAAGGGUGACCCUGGGCAGCUGGGGGUGGGAUCCCCGGGGCCUCAGGGGCUUUUUGGCGCCCCAGGAUUUGAUGGACCUCCAGGGCCAGUAGGAGAGGUUGGACUGAAGGGCCUGAGAGGGACCAAUGGGGAGCCAGGGAGCACAGGCACCACAGGAGAUGUUGGUCCUUCAGGAGUCCCUGGGAGACCAGGGGAUGAUGGAAAACCAGGGGAGGAUGGACAACCAGGACCGAAAGGUCAGAUGGGUGUUGAUGGGGUCAGGGGUUCUCAGGGGCCUCGAGGGCCUCAGGGGGACCAAGGAGAAACCGGACCAAAAGGAUUUCAGACACCUGUGGAGAUGUAUGGAGAUCCUGGAGACCUUGGAGACCCUGGGCCCCGUGGUCUCACUGGAACUAAAGGAGAGAGGGGCAUCACGGGGCCACAGGGCCCGACAACCUGCAAUGGUAAACCAGGAGAUGCUGGACUGCAAGGACCUCCUGGAGACAUUGGUAGAGGGGGCGAGAGAGGUCCUCCUGGUCCUUGUGGACAAGAGGGAAACCAAGGAGAGAUGGGGAAGCCAGGUGUCAAAGGUGACAAAGGUUGCACAGGGCCUUGUGGAGAACCUGGAUCAGAUGGAAUACCAGGACCAGCAGGACUUAAAGGUGAUAAAGGAGAACCAAGUCCACCUGGACCAGGGUCUAAAGGCUUUCCAGGAGAGAAGGGGAAUCUAGGAGGUUCAGGACCAGCAGGUAUAAAGGGGGAACCAGGGGACAGGGGAAACUUUGGUCCUCCAGGAAACUGUGGCCCCUGUGGCCCCAAAGGACUUUUAGGACCCACAGGAUGUAGAGGUCCUCCUGGGCCUUCUGGGGAAAAAGGUUGUGACGGACCACCAGGGGAAAAUGGCCCGGCAGGACCCACAGGCCUCACAGGUAACACGGGAGGUGCUGGAGAUCCUGGUCCAGCUGGUCCAAGAGGAAAUCAGGGACAGGAUGGCAUACCCGGACCUCCUGGAGAGAAAGGAGCCAUGGGAGCUCCUGGAAUUGGACCCAGGGGCCCAGAUGGGAAGACAGGUCCACCUGGGUGUGCUGGGGAUAUGGGUCCUACUGGUGCCUGUGGUCAACCUGGUCCCCAUGGUCCUGUGGGAAACCCAGGUUGUACUGGUCCUCCUGGACCCCCUGGUCCUCCUGGUUUUCCCGGCAGGGAGGGAGUCUGCACUGAAGGAUACAAAGGAGAAAAAGGACUCCCUGGAGGACAAGGACCCAAAGGUCCAGCAGGCUUUCGGGGUCCACCUGGUCCUCCAGGUCCUGGUUUUAAAGGAGAUAAGGGACUUAAAGGUGCAACAGGUGACCCGGGACCAUCUGGUUCUCCUGGUGAUCCUGGCUCUCGAGGCGAGCCGGGUGAAGACAGACCACAAGGUCCACUAGGACAAAAAGGGCAUAUGGGAGAAACUGGUGUCACAGGACCUGUUGGAUUAAAGGGGGAUGGUGGACCACCAGGUACAGUGGGCUCACGAGGACCUCCAGGACCACCUGGGAGUAGAGGCCAGAGGGGGGGGGACGUAACCACAGAGGUGGUGCUUUUGCCAGGAGACAGAGGCUUUGCAGGAGAGCUGGGAAACCCAGGAGAAAUAGGACCCCCAGGAGCCCAAGGAAGACCUGGAGGUCCAGGUUUAAAGGGCAUCAAAGGGGAAGUUGGUAGAAGAGGACUAGGUGGUUUUCCUGGUUUGAAAGGUGAUCAGGGAGACAGAGGAUACAAUGGACCAAAAGGCAUCGAGGGUCCACGUGGUUCAGGUGGUGCUAAAGGUAUCCAAGGUCGACCGGGUCCCUGCAGGGAUGCACCAGAGAAUGACGGCUUCAUGUUCACCAGACACAGCCAGAAACUCAGUAUCCCAGAAUGCCCUGCAGGAUCUACUCCGAUGUACAGCGGAUACUCACUGCUCUUCAUCAACGGGAACAACCGAGCUCAUGGACAAGACCUGGGUACUUUAGGUAGUUGUUUACCUCGUUUUACCACCAUGCCCUUCCUGUUCUGUAACCCCGAUAGCACCUGUCGCUACGCCUCACGGAACGACUACUCCUAUUGGCUGUCCACUGAUGAACUAUUGCCGAGCAGCAUGCCGCUGAUCUCUGGCGAGUCAUUGAAGAAUUACAUCAGCCGGUGUACUAUAUGUGAGGCCAGGGCCAAUGUGAUCGCCGUCCACAGUCAGACCAGUAUAAUCCCAGAGUGUCCGUCAGGCUGGGGCCCUCUCUGGUCCGGAUACUCCUUCGUGAUGGAAACAGGAGUGGGUGCAGAGGGGUCAGGUCAGCCUCUGGCCUCUCCUGGAUCCUGUCUGGAAAACUUCAGGAAGAUUCCCUUCAUCGAGUGUCACGGCAGAGGAACCUGCAAUUACUACACCGACUCCUACAGCUACUGGCUGGCCGCUCUCAACCCCAGCGACAUGUUCAGUAAACCAAAGCCUCAGACUGAUACAGGAGAGUUUCCAGGCAGUCUGAUCAGCCGAUGUCGAGUGUGUAUGAAGCAGCUGUAACCACCAUCUCUCCUGCUGCUCGUACUACUGAUAUCCUGUAAAUACUGUUGCUGCUAACACUACUGAAACUCUCACUACUGACAGCUUCUGCUCCCGAGCACUCACACCCGCAAAAAUACAAACGCAACAUGUAGGGCUGCACGAUUAUGGCCAAAAUGAUAAUCAGAAAUAUUUUAAUCAAUAUUGUAAUCACGAUUAUUAAUCACGAUUAUUCAUCAUGUUAAUGAAAACAUCUGUAUUUUUAUUGCACUACUUUUAAACAAACAAUAGGAACAGUUUGUGUCCGGUGCUUGUUGUUAACAAACAGAGAUCGCUAAGUGAACACCUCCUGCAGCAGCAGCACAUACACACUGUACUGCUACAGAGCUAACUGUUAGCCUGUUAGCACAUACACACUGUACUGCUACAGAGCUAACUGUUAGCCUGUUGGCACAUACACACUGUACUGCUACAGAGCUAACUGUUAGCCUGUUAGCACAUACACACUGUACUGCUACAGAGCUAACUGUUAGCCUGUUAGCACAUACACACUGUACUGCUACAGAGCUAACUGUUAGCCUGUUAGCACAUUCACACUGUACUGCUACAGAGCUAACUGUUAGCCUGUUAGCAAUUUGCAGACUGGACGCUUAGGGGUUAACAUCCCCUCUGGCUCUGCAGCUGGGAGAGACUGCUGCAGGAGGACUGGGCCACUUCGACUCGUUCUUACU